AUGGCGAUCUAUACUUAUAACGCACGUACGCUUGCAUCGGAAGCGGCCAUCGAAGAUCUGAUGAUGCAAGCCAAGAAGAUCAAGUACGACGUCAUCGGACUGACCGAGACGAGACGACGUCACCCUCUCAACGCCGUAUAUGAAACUGGAGAACUGUUCUUAGGAGCAUGCGACAGUAGAGGUGUUGGUGGAGUUGGCGUCCUCGUCAACACGAGUAUGGCAAAGAAGAUCGACUCUUUCGGACAACUUACGGCACGAAUCGGACGUCUGCGGAUGAAAAGAUGUGGUCCAACACCAGCUUUGACUAUCUUCGUCGCUUACGCUCCAACAUCAAGCAACAUCAAGCGAAGAAGAGAUCGAAGCUUUCUAUAUGGACCUGGAGAAGUUCUACCGAGAAUACCAUGCCUUCUACAAGGUCAUAAUUGGCGAUUUCAACGCCAAAGUUGGCCCAAGAAGAACACCGGAGGAACUUCACAUCGGGACCCACGGCCUACAACGGAAUGA